AUGGCGCCAAGAAUCGCAAUUAUUUAUUACUCGAUGUACGGCCAUAUCAGGCAGCUUGCCGACGCUGCUAAGGCGGGCAUUGAAAAGGCUGGCGGCACUGCCGACCUCUACCAAGUCCCUGAGACCCUGUCCGAUGAGGUCCUCGCCAAGAUGCACGCCCCACCCAAGCCCACCGACGUCCCCGUCAUCGAGGACCCUGCGAUCCUCAAGCAAUACGAUGGCUUCCUCCUCGGCAUCCCGACGAGAUACGGCAACUUCCCCGCGCAGUGGAAGACCUUCUGGGACAAGACCGGUCAGCUCUGGGCCACCGGCGGUCUCUACGGCAAGGCGGCUGGUCUCUUCAUCUCAACUGCUGGUCUCGGCGGUGGUCAGGAAUCGACGGCCAUCGCGGCCAUGAGCACAUUCGCCCAUCACGGCAUCAUUUACGUGCCGCUCGGUUACGCCAAGGUGUUCGCUGAGUUGUCCGACCUUUCGCAGGUUCAUGGCGGCAGCCCCUGGGGUGCUGGUACCCUUGCCGGUGGUGAUGGCAGCAGGCAGCCGAGCGAGAACGAGCUGAAGGUGGCGGGCAUCCAGGGCGAGGAGUUCUACAACGUCUUGUCCAAGCUUACCGGUGCGUGA